CAUCUCAAGUCACCCUUUUUGCUGCCGCCACCUUUUUCCAGGUGUAUGCCGCCCAGCACCUGGAGCCUCUGCUCACGACGAUUCUCUCCCUUUGUGGACCAAGGGCUACAGUCGUGCUGGCUUAUGAAUUUCGUUCGCCCGAGUUGACUGAGAGGCUUCAGGCCAUGUGCAAAGAGCACUUCGAGAUAAAGACCAUCUCCAAGAAGAAGAUGGAUGCCUGUUUCCAGCACCCAAACAUCCAGCUUCUUGUCAUGUCAAGGCGCAGGCUGCAUAACACAGCGUAGGAGGGGAUAUGCAGCGGAUGGAGCUGCACGAUGGUGGCCGUCAAGCCUACCACGCCGAGUAUGACCAACUUCAGAGGAGGCUCAAGAGAAUAGACGAUGAGCAAGACCCGGCUGCAGCCUUGACGGUACUACUCAAGCGGUGUCGCCAGGUGGAGCAUGGCAAGCUUAUUCACGCCCACAUUGCCACCAGUGAGGUCUACAAGCGCGACAAGCUUCUCCUCAACAUGCUCGUGGAGAUGUAUGGCAAGUGCGGCAGUAUAGCGGAGGCUUGCUGUGUCUUCGACUGCAUGUCUGUGAGAAACGUGCACUCGUGGACGAUUAUGCUGGUGGCACUGGCGGAGAAUGGAGAGUGCAAGCAGGCUGUGAGACUGUUCCGGGAGAUGCUCCUGGAAGGUGUCAAGCCCAACGCCUUCACGCUGACCAGCGCCUUGACUGCCUGCGGCCACGCUGGGGAUGCAGACGAGGGCCACAGGAUUGACGGAAUGAUCGCGUGCACCCAGCUCCGGGUGGACGUUGCCGUGUGCAACGCUCUCAUCAGCAUGUAUGGAAAAUGCGGGUGGCUUGACCAAGCCAAGGCUGUCUUUCACUCCAUGCCAUGCAAGAACGACAUCUCGUGGACUGCAAUGAUCGAUGCCUACUGCCAGCGGAGGGAGUGGGCACGAGCACUGGAAUGCUUCCACGGCAUGGAUCUCGAAGGGGUGAGGGCGUGCGAGAUGAGCCUCUUAGCCGCGCUGGAAGCUGUGCGUGGGGUGGAGCGGCUAGAGCAGGGGGAGCACAUCCACGCACGCAUCGUCGAGCAGGGAUGGGGAUCGGAUCCAUUCCUUUGCACGGCACUGGUGGCUUUGUACUCGAGGUGCGGCGCCACAGAGGGAGCGAGAGCAGUGUUUCGAAAGAUGGACAGCCUAGAGGUUGAGUCGUGGAACGCCAUCAUGUCGGCAGCAGGGGGAGGGGAGGCCCUGGAACUGUUUAGUAGAAUGCUGCAGCUGGGCGUCAAGCCGGUGGCUAUAAGUGUGGUGGCAGCGAUGGAGGCGUGUGGCAAAGUGUGUGAUGGUGCCCGCACAAGAAAGCUCGAGGAGGCGAUUGUGUGGGACGCGUUUGACGCUAACCCUGUGGUUACCUCGGCGCUCAUGGAUGCGUAUGCCAAGUGCGGGCGGCUGGACGAUGCUCGGCGGGUGUUCGACACGUACCGCUGCAUGGGCAUGUGCUCUUGCGUGGAUGUGGUGGCAUGGAGCACCUUGAUCGCUGCUUAUGCUGAGAGUGGAGACAGCGAGUACGCGCUGUGGCUGCUGUACACAAUGGAGCUGCAUGGUAUCCAACCCAACGCCGUCACCCUACUCAGCAUUCUCUUCGCUUGCAGCCAUGCUGGGUGGGUGGAGCAUGGAUGCCACUUGUUGGCAUCAAUGUGGAGGGAUCGCGGCUUGUACCCUUCGUCACAGCACUACAGCUGCGUGGUGGACAUGCUUGGACGUGCUGGAUGGUUGCUUGAUGCCGAGCGUCUGGUUUGCUCUAUGCCAAUCCAGCCCGAUUCUGUGGCUCUCACAAGCCUGCUAGGAGCUUACACGCUCCAUGGUGGAUUACGUCUAAGCCCAUACUUUCAGCAGAUCAUGGGUUAUGCGACAUUGCCUCAUAAUACUGACAGUUCACGGAAGGAACGGAUUACAAUCGAAUCUCAGCUUCAUUGAAGGCCGUGCAUCUCAAGAUUGAUCCUCGAGCAGCUCCAGCGGAUCGGGACAUGAAGGAGGAGAGCUCCUCAGCCAUGGCAAGGUAUGAACAAACUAAAUUUUCUUCUGGAAGCUGAAAAGGCUGUUGCUUACAUAGCGUAACCUCUAUUCAUGAAUAAGUGAAGCGUUAGGGAUAGGUGCUUGCUGGCAUUCCAAUCCAAGUAUUCAAGUUCAAUCACUUGUUAUUACAAUUUCCAGAAAGAUUUGAACUCACCAUCUGUAUCCCAAAUCUGCCAUGUGGCAUGUCUGUGGCUAUAAUAGGGGAGGCCAGGUGGUAAAUCCAAAGCUACCCAACUUGUUCAUUGGCCAGACAGACUGUGGAGUGUGUUUGAGUGUGUUUGAAGAGGAGAGGACGACUUAGGACCUUUCAAAUGAGCGAACUGGCUGGGUGGGGGCUCUAAGGUAAGCAAGGUGUAAUUGCCUUUGAAUUGCUACUAUAACAAUUUUUUAUUGAUUA